ACAAAAUAAUAGUUUUUAUAGAGACGUUGUCAGAGUAGCUCCCAUCCUAUACAUAUUUUGUGGUGCAUCUGGGCUUUGCCAGUGGAAACAAUUGUGUCACGGAACAAGCAAGCUUUACCAGACAUAGAGAGAACUUGCACAACUUUAGAAGUAAUGUGCCUGAAGGCUUGACAAUGACUGGGAGAAUUGUGACAGCAUUGGAAGACUUCAUAGCAUUACACAGUGCCUCUACGUUUUCAAUUGAACAUUGACUACUUAUUUACAGAUUCACCUAAGAGAUGCAUCAACCAGCCCUGGUCACGUUUGCUGUUCUGCUCUUCUCUCUCACCACUGUCGAUGGGGGGAACGUGCUGGUCUUCCCAUUGGAUGGAAGCCACUGGGUGAAUAUGAAAGUCCUCAUCGAAGAGCUGCACUCCAGAGGCCAUAGCAUCACAGUGAUUCGUCCAACCACCAACUGGUACAUCAAGGAGAAAUCCCCUCACUACUCGUGCAUUACCAUCCCAGUAUCUGGUGGUGGAUUUGUUGAGGAGGUCUUUAGUUUGUUUGUGACCAGACAAUUGCAGAUCCAAAGGGAGGGCAGAGGUUUCUGGUCUCGUAUGAGUCUGGAGCUUGAGGUGGUGAAGCAGUUCUAUGAGUUACACAAGGAUUUGGUUGUAAUGAUGACUACGAUAUUCGAAGAUGCCGAACUAAUGCAUUCGCUUCGCGAUGCAAACUAUGACCUGGUUUUGACGGAUCCUGCCAUUGGUGGGGGCGUGUUUCUGGCUCAUCGCAUUGGUCUCCCUCUUGUCUUCAAUGUCCGAUGGACAGUCCAGGGCGAGGGUCACUUUGCCAUAGCCCCCUCGCCUCUCUCAUAUGUCCCAUUGCCAGGAGCACUGUUGACAGACAAAAUGACUUUUCAAGAGAGAGUCAAAAAUGUUCUGUUUUAUCUUUUUACAAGGUUUCAAAUUGCAUACGUCAUAGACCCUAACUACAUUCCGUUCGUUCAUCGUUACUUCGGCCCUGACGUUCACUACAUGUCAUUGUUCCAGGCAGCAGACAUAUGGCUCAUGAGGAAUGACUUUACCUUUGAGUUUCCACGGCCCACCAUGCCAAACGUGGUCUACAUGGGCGGUUUCCAGUGCAAGCCCUCAAAGCCGCUUCCCCAGGACAUGGAGGACUUUGUCCAGAGGUCUGGGGACCAUGGGGUCAUCAUGAUGUCCCUGGGGACCUUGGUGGGACAACUUCCUGAGGACAUCGCUGAGGACAUCGCAGCUGCUUUCGCCAAACUGCCUCAGAGGAUCGUCUGGAGGCACACUGGGAAGAGGCCCACCUCCGUGGGCAACAACACCUUACUAGUGGAUUGGCUCCCCCAGAACGACCUCCUUGGACACCCCAAGACCCGAGCCUUUGUUGCCCACGGCGGAACCAAUGGAGUCCAGGAGGCCAUCUACCACGGUGUCCCUAUUGUCGGCCUCCCGUUGGUCUUCGACCAGCAAGACAACCUCAAUAGGAUGAGGGCUAAGGGAGUGGCUAAGAUAGUGGACAUCGCCACCGUAGACAGAGACAUCUUCCUAGAGGCAGUGAAGGCUGUUCUCUAUGAGCCGAACUACAGGGAGAACAUGCAAAGGCUAUCCAGGCUGCACAAGGACCAGCCCAUGAAACCACUGGACCGCGCCAUGUUCUGGAUUGAGUUUGUCAUGAGGAACAAAGGAGCGGCACAUCUGAGGACAGAGUCCUAUAAGAUGUCCUGGUUCACCUACCACUCUGUUGACGUCGUAGCAACGCUACUGGCCAUUGUGUUGCUCAUAAUGCUGGUUAGCACUUUAGCUGUAAGGUUUUUGUGGUGUAAGGUGUCUUGUAGGAGGAAAGUGAAACAUGAAUGAUAGCGAUGUAUUAAUGAUUAUUAAUAUGUUAUCAAAUCAUCAUUGAUAAAAUAUUCUAAAUAUUUUUUGAUGGUAUUCUUCCUACCAUCAAUAAGAAGGUCAAACUCCUUAAUGUGGGUAUUUGAAACAAUACAGUUGGUUACGUUUGGCAUUAUAUCUUUGCAUUCCAUUUUUUAAAUGUCACCCUCACAUUAAGUAUUGGCUGAGAGAAAGACAGAGAGAGAGAGUAUGAGGUUUCUGUGUUAUGCACUAUAGCCCGUUACCAUAUAUGUGAUUGAAUAUUAUCUGCUGUUUGCUUGUGUGGAUGUAUGUAUGUGUUAUGCAACAUAGCUGACUUGAAACAUUGUUAACAGUUUCAAGGCCAUGGGCCUUUCUCAUGAUGGAAAAGUAGCAUGAAGACAGGAACUGUUCAAUGAGUUGGGAGGGGGGCACAUUCAGACCGGGGUGUUGCGAGAACAAGCGGUCUUUUGUUAGAUAACAGGAGCCAGGUGCGAGAUAACGGUAUGAGCGCAUGGAUGUUCUUCGAAGCGACAGUUACAUCUAUCAACAGAAGCGCCAAGAGGCGGGGACCCGCCUCAGCGCCUGCAAUAGGCCAACAGACGGGUUGGAACUGUCUAUCACAGUAUAAAGAAUACUGUUUACAUACAUCUUGUCAGUUCUCUGUUUUUGCCCUGCGAGGUGGGACAGAGAGCCCGUAUAUACGAAAAUUGCAUUUACCACUUAUUGCUUAGCUAAUAAAAAAUCCAUAGUAUACAA